AUGAAGAAAGUGGUAGCAGAAACAAAAAGCAAACUACAGUUAAAGAACAUGAAACGGGAGAACACCGUGCCAAAUUCUUCAAAGAUCUUGAGGGUACAUGUAUGUGACCUCCGCCUCUUUGAUAUUCUGGAGAAUAUCAUCAAGAAGUACGAACACAAAAAGAAAAUUGUAGCUCACUUUAGGUAUAGGGACGACGGAUUCAUGGCGAUGAAGGCCACAGAAACUGAAAUAAUGCAGUUCUUUGAACUUGCAAACCUUGAGCAUAAAUACCUCAAAUUCACUUACAACAUUCACUUGAAUGAAGCUGUGUUCUUGAACACAAGAGAUCUCAAAGGCCAGAGAUUUAACCAGAUAGAAGUCUUAGACUUCGAAACUUUUAUAAAACCCAUCGAAACUUUUAUGUACCUUCAUCGCAGCAGUGCGCACCCGAAUGCUACAUUCACAGGAUUUAUCAAGGGUGAAAUCAGCAGAUGCGUGAUUACAGGAUUGAUCAAGCAGAAACAGUAUGACUGGAAGGAUUCCAAUCUAGAGUUCUUCGGGUCAAAAGAAGAGAGAGACGUCAAAAAGUCGGCCUCAUCUUGUGAAAGAGCUUGGAAAGCGGCUGGCUUAAAACCGGGAAUUCAAAUAUGGCGUAUUGUGUAUUAUUGUCUGCAUUUCAUUAAAGUAACUUCAUGGCCGGAGGAGGAUUAUGGAAAAUUCUUUGAUGGAAAUUCCUAUAUAGUUCUAAAUACCUACAAAAAGGAGGACUCUGACGCUCUGCUUUAUGAUGUUCACUUCUGGAUCGGGAAAUACAGUACGCAGGACGAGUAUGCCACUGCUGCAUACAAGACAGUGGAACUAGACACAUAUUUAGAUGACGCCCCUGUCCAGCACAGAGAAGUUCAAGGUCACGAGUCAAAGCUCUUCAAGACUUACUUCAACGCAAUAACAUACAUGCAUGGUGGGGCAGAGAGCGGAUUUCGUCGAGUGAAGCCAGAACAGUACAAACCCAGAUUAUUCCAUUUCCAUGGUGACAAGCGGGGAGUCAUGGUGAAAGAGAUCCCACGUAUGGAGAAGUACAUUGAUGACACAGAUGUGUACAUCCUGGACCUUGGACUUCAUAUCUACCAAUAUAAUGGACAGGGCUCCAACAAAGACGAAAGAGUCAGGGCUCUGCAGUAUGUUAACUCACUAAGGGCUGAAAGAAGUGGAAAAGCUGUGAAAACGACAGUUCUGGACCAAGUAGCCGGUGGAACGGGCGUAUUUUUCCGACAUCUGGACCAAACCGAGGGUGAAGACUUUGAAUCUGAAGAAGACAUGGAAUCAACUGAUGUUUCUGAACAUGAACUCUACAGACUAUCAGAUGCUGAAGGCUCGUUGAAGUUUUCAUUGGAAAAAGAAGGUCCCGUUGGCCUGAAAGAUUUUGAUGGCAACGAUGUCUUUAUUUUUGACACAAAACAAGAACUCUUUGUAUGGGUUGGUAACCACACAACCCAUGAAGAGAGGAAGAACGCUUUGAUAUAUGCCCAUAAUUACUUGAAGGAGACCAGCCAUCCUUUGAUUCCCGUGAGUUGUCUGAAUGAGGGGGCCGAAAACAAAUCAUUCAGUAUGGCACUUACCGCCUAGGGCUUUGGAAACUUAACUCUUCAAUUGGGAUAAAACCCAAACAAAACAAUAUACGAACAAUACAAAUCAAUGAUAGUUGAAUAAAUCAAAAUCAUCAUUAACUUUUUUAUAUUAAUAGUUUGAUUUUGUUUGGUUAAGGGUUAUCUAAUUCUUGCAAUUUUUGUUCAUUAUGAACAUAAGUAUUUACUGUUUAUCUUUAACAUGCUGGACAAGGUGUUAUUAAUUGCAUUAUUAAUAGCUUGAUAAUAAGAUGUUAUCUCUUUGACUAAAUGAACAAUGUUUUUACACAUUUGAAUGUAUUUUUUUAUUGAAUUUCCUGCAUUGUGUACAUUAAAAUGACACUAGCACCAAUAUAAUAAGCAUGCAUGUUCCUGUGUAUCUUAUGAAAUUUGAAUUUUCCCUUCAUAGCAGUUUCAAUUUUUAUUUUAUUAUUUUUUUUUUGGGGGGGGGGGGUAUCUACCGGUAUUCAUAAAGUUUAUAGCAGAAUCAUGUGAAAAGACAUCUGCAUUUUAGACCAUUUAAAAAACAAUGACUGUGUACAAUUUGUUUUACCUUUUAAAAGAGGGAUAACUCAGAAUAUUUCCAAACAACGUAUACUUUUCAAGAUUAUAUUUCUUUAAAAAACGAAAACAUUUUACAUCUUCAUAACAUUUAUACAAUCUUGUUGCCUUUUUGCUCACAUUGAAGCGUUUAGAAAUCUUGCAAAAAAUUACUACGAUUCAGUUAUAGUUUCAUUAAUUUUAAACCCGCUCUCAGGGGGCCUACAUGUAGCUGUUAAUAAUAUACAGUCAUACAACUAUAUACAUUUAAUGUACAGUCGUGUUGAUUAUUGUUAUUACUCAUUCUUUAAUGCAUGUAUGCAUUUUAAUGCUUUGAUGUGCCGUCAUAAAAAUGUUUAUGUUCUCCAGUAUAUUUUACAAAUUACUGUAAUUAAUGCCAGCUUUUUUACAAACUAAGCAAUAUCUUAUUUCCAAACAAGAAAUGACUUCUGUUAUUCAUUAUGGUAAGUUCUAUGUUAAAAAAAGCUGUUUUGCUGAAAGGGAAUUCUUUGCUAUCAAAUCAACAAGAAAGGUGAAACUAGAGUAAUUAAUAUUGUAGGGUCAAACAAUCAUGGUAAACAGGGCUUUAGAGAGAUGUCAGCAAAGCUACUAAAAGCAGUAUGUUUUGGCAACUAGUAGUGAUAAUUUUCAAAGUAAUUCUUUAGAUGGUUACUAUGCUGUCUUGUAUCAAUUAAAUAAAAGAGCCAAAGAAAGUGACCAAGCUUCAAAGAAAAGUAGAAUAAUUAUUGUAUAAAUAUUCAAUUCGAUAGGUAAGCUAGAUACAGAGCAGCAGAUCAAAUGUUAUCAAAAAUUAAAAUAAACCAAAAGGUUUUAAUAAAUAAAAAGUGCC